GUGGCCAAUUCAAAAUUUACAUAAGCUAAAGGGCCCCACGCAAACCCCAUUAUUCAAGAGCUGAUUUUUAUUUCUAAAACCUUCGGAAUUCGGAGCUUCACAGUGCGAUGGCUUCUGAAGAAGCCAAGCUCGAGCUUUUCCUUCAGUGGCUGAAGAUCAAUGGAGCGGAGUUACGGGGCUGUAGAAUCAAAUACUGCAACUCGAGUAAAGGGUUUGGAAUUUUUUCAUCCAAUGAUGUUCCUGAUGGAAUUUUUCUGGUGAUUCCGCUUGAUCUGGCAAUAACUCCGAUGAAGGUGCUAGAAGAUCCAUUAAUUGGACCUGCGUGUAGGUCAAUGUUUGAGGAAGGGGAAGUAGAUGACCGAUUCUUGAUGAUGUUGUUUCUAACCGUGGAGCGUCUGCGAAAGAACUCUACGUGGAAGCCAUAUCUUGAUAUGCUUCCUACUGAGUUUGGAAGCACACUUUGGUUUACUGAUGAUGAUCUUUUAGAGCUAAAGGGCACAACACUGCAUCGGGCGACUGAACUUCUGAAGAAAAGUUUAAAGACUCUGUUCGACGAGAAAGUGAAAAAAUUGGCAGAAAAGCUUUUGGUUCUUGCUGGAAACCCAGAAAGUGAAGUGAGAUUUGAAGACUUCCUUUGGGCAAAUUCUAUAUUCUGGACUCGAGCUCUUAAUAUUCCUUUCCCAAGCUCGUAUGUGUUCCGAACAGGAAGCAGCAACGCUCCUGGUGCAUCUACCAAUUCUACUGAAAAGUUGGCAAACGGGGAAAAUGGUAAAUCUCCCGAGAUGAAUAAAUCGAGCCAAGUUUCUGGAUCUGAAUCUACGUCACGAGGAGAUACUAUAUGGGUUGAGGGUCUUGUGCCUGGCAUCGACUUUUGCAAUCAUGACUUAAAGGCAGCAGCGACAUGGGAAAUCGAUGGAAGCGGAUCACUGACCGGAACCCCUUUCUCGAUGUACCUUCUUUCUGCUGGGAUCAUUCCUUUCCAAGGUGAAAAGGAGAUAUCUAUCAGUUAUGGUGCCAAGGGAAAUGAGGAGCUUCUGUUCCUUUAUGGAUUUGUCAUAAAGGACAACUCAGAUGACUAUCUUAUGUUACAUUAUCCUGUGGAAGCAAUUUCCGAUAUGCCCUUUUCCGAGGGCAAACUGCUGCUUCUUGAAGAACAGAAAGGCGAACUACGGUGUCUUCUACCGAGAAGUUUGCUUAAUAAUGGCUUCUUCCCUGAAAGCACCUCGCCACGAGGAACUAACAGCAAUAACCGGGGGUUCGACUAUACUUGUAGUGGACACCGCAAGCCACCCUCGUAUGCUGAUAAACUCGUCUUCCCCGAGAAGCUCUUGACCGCCUUGAGAACAGUUACCAUGACAGAAACUCAACUUCACCAAGUCUAUUCAUCACUUGAGAAGCUUGUUGGAUCUGGAGUUGAGCGACGGCCGUCUGAAAGUGAAGUGCGUGCGGCUGUAUGGGAGGCUUGCGGGAACUCCGGUGCUCUGCAACUCAUUGUUGAUCUUCUUUACAUGAAGAUGACGGAACUCGAAGAGGGUUCCGGCACCGAAGCGCAUGACGCCGAGUUGCUUAAGAAAGCCGACGUCGUGGGGGCUGAGCGCGACACAAGAUUUGGUGCAGGUGUAGCAGCAACGGCUCUGUUCCGAUGAGUCGAAACGCGUGGGCUAGUGUAGUGUACCGUCGAGGGCAGAAGGAGCUGACGCGACGAUUCUUACGGGAGGCGGAGCAUGCGCUGCAGUUGGCGUUGAGGGAGGAGAGCUAGACGUCUUUAUCAAAAUAAAUAUAAUUUUGAUGGAUUCAACAAUUUUGAGAUUUCAAUACUCAAAAUCUAAUGUAUAAUUUUGAUGGAUUCAACAAUUUUGAGGAAGAUAAUCAAAUUUACUGCAUUUGGGAAACAAA